CGAGCUUGUUUUGGUUCGGGACGAGAAGAAGGCGGCUAACCGCCCUUUAAACCCUCCGCCUCGGCGGCUCUUCCGGACGGAUUCGAGCUCGGUUGGAGGAGGUGGAGGCGGCGGCGGGCUCGACCGGGACUGGGGAGACAAAGUUCCUCCAAAAUAGCAGCCACGAGUCGCCGCGGUGAUGGGGGACUUCGCCUCCCCCGCCGUCGGACCCAACGGCAGUCUCUGCAUCAACAGCGGCAUGAACCCGGGCAGCGGAGCCGUGGUGCCCGCCGGAGCCGUGGGCACACCUAAGCACAGCACGGUGGUGGAGCGGCUGAGGCAGCGGAUCGAGGGCUGCCGGAGACACCACACCAUCUGCGAGACCCGGUACCAGCAAGCCCACUUCGAGCAGCUGGAGCUCGAGCGGAGGGAGACCGUCCACCUGUACCAGAGGACCCUGGAGCAAAGGGCCAAGAAGUCCGGCGGCAGCAAGCAGCCGCAGAGCAAGCAGCAGGACUCGGACUGUGCGCCCUCCACGGAGCAGAAGAACACGCGCAUAGUGCUCCAGGAGACGGUGAAGAGGAAGCUGGACAGCGCUCGGUCGCCCCUGAACGGAGACCAGAACGGCAUCUGCGAUAGACGCAGCUACUCCCCGACCGCCAAGCGGGUUCUGAAGGAGAGCUCGGUUUUGGACUCGCUGACAGGUCUCCCGAAAAACAAUAGCAACAAUGUGCCACCCAUCUCUCCACUGCAUCACCAAAUGGACAUUAAGCCCUUACUGGACGGGCCCAACCCCUCCACCGCCAACAACACUAUAAGCAGCAACGGCACCCUCACGGGUCGAGCGUCAGACGAGCUGGGAAAGAGCGACGGCAUCCACCUUCCGGACAUGAAGCUGAAUCCUUCUCUGGACCUGGAGGACAGUUUCGGCCUCCUCAAGGACCUGAAACAGGAGCCGCUGGAUGAUGGGGGAGGCAUAGAGUCCACCGAUCCCCAGUCUCUGUCUAAUCAGAACAAACUGUUCUCGGACAUCAACCUCAACGACCAGGAGUGGCAGGAGCUGAUCGACGAGCUGGCCAACACGGUGCCCGAGGACGACAUGCACGACCUCUUCAACGAGGACUUCGAGGACAAGAAGGAGGUGGAGUUCGGCAGGCCGGCUAACAAUCAGACGCCCGGUCCGCAGGACACGGCAGGGAAUACGACGACGCCCGGAGGAGGGGCGGCGCCCACGACUCCUCUGCCUCCUCCUCCUCAGCCUCCGCAGGGAGGCCCGCAGGUUCCCAUCGGGUCACCACAGGUGCGACCGUCAUCUUCUGGCCCUCAGUUUGCAACCACUGCCAAUGGGACCCCUCCUCAGCAGCCUCUGCAGCAGUCUCCAGCUGUUGCCAUGCCGUCAGGUUCCCCGUUGCACAACUGCGUCGCUCAGUCUCCUCAAACCCCGACCCAGGCUCAGACGCAAGCGGUCUCCAGGCCUGGGAACGGAUACAUGAUGAACCCAGGCCCGGUGGGUCAGUCGGGGACGGGAGGAGGCGGAGGAGCCGGCAGCGGCGGCCCUGGGGGUCAGCCUUUGGGACCGGUCACGCCUGAACUUUCUAAAGCGGAGCAGCUCAAGGCGAUGGCCCAGCAGCACGUUCAGGCCAAACUGAUGCAGCAGAAGCAGCAGCAGCAGAAACAAGCAGCUAACUGGUCCCCUGCAGGGCCCCCCACCAGCCCCUACAACUCUGGUCCCUUUAACCAAGAUAAACCCAACAGCCCAAUGAUGUACCCGCCACAAGCCUUUAACACGCCGCAGGCCCCCAUGAACAACUACCUCCCUCACAACCACAUCAGCAUGAUGGGCCAGCAGCAGCCGAACAGCAUAAACCAGAGCGCCAUGUCCAAACAGCAGCAGCAGACGGCCACCAUGCUGUCGUACAACAACACCAAACCGCUGAGUCACUUCAGCGGCGGCGGCGUGGACCACAUGAGUCAGAGGAUGACUCCGCCCAUGGGGGGGAACAGUCAGGUCAAGAACCCCAUGAUGACGCCGUUUAUGGGUGGUGCGGGAGGUGGCGGGCAGGGAGCAGGGCCGGGGCAGACUCAGGGGCCCAUCCCAGGACAGACGGCCCACCUGGGGGAAGAACAGAAGAGGAUGCUGAUGAUGAAGCAGAAAGUGUUGCCGUACGGUACCAUGCAGUCCCACGGACAGGAACAAGGUGUGGUGGGAAUGUCACGGCCACCCGGCGCAAUACCCCCUCCUCACCCUGCGGGGGGCGUUGCCUCCGGAGUGGGACCCAACCAGGGGUCGGGUCCGCCGCCGGGCUACGCCAGCAACCAGCAGCAGGCGGCCAUGAUGAAGCAGAUGAUGGUGAUGGAGAAGAGGAUGCAGAUGAUGGAGCAGCAGAAGCAGCAGCAGAUGUUAAGAGAGCAAAGGCAGCAGCAGCAGCAUCUUCUGGCCGAGCAGCUCCAGCAGCAGCAGCAGCAUCUCCCGAGACAGAUGGGCCAAGGCCAGAGGAAUCCGUAUCCCCAGGUCAAUCAGUACCAAGGUCCUCCCCAGGAUCUGGCAUCCAGGAGUCAGUCUCUUCAAAGCAUUCGGACCUCACGGCUCCUACAGCAGCAGCACACCCAGCAGCAGAUGGUCCAGAUCAAUUCUGUUCAGAGCCAAGGAGGCCCUGUGGGGCCCCAGACCGACAUGGGACUACCUUAUGGCGCCCAGGGGUCCAACCAGGGUCCCCUGUAUGGACUCAACUCCAUGAGCCAAAUGAUCCACCAGCAGCAGCACCAGAACCAAAGCGUCCAAGCCCCCAUGGGUCUUCCACCGCAGCACAACCCCGCUGGAGGUCCGCCCCGGCAGGCAGGUUCAGGUCCUGGCCUGGGAGGUAUGCCUGGGGGCCCUGGGAGUAGUGGAGCUGGGGGUUACGGAGGACAGAGCAUGUUGAUGAACUCCAUGGCCCAGCAGCCCCUCAAAGGCCCUCCCACUGCCAAAGCCCAAACUCAGAGACUGCAAAGCAUGCUGGGAGCUGGAGGAGGCGGUGGGGUUAUGGCGGCUGGCGGCUGGCCGCAGCAACAAGGACAAAGUCUGCAGGCCAUGGGAGGAGGAGUGGGAAGGACUACAGGAGGAGGGGGGGGAGACAUGGUGGGGUUCAGUUCCUCCCAGGGUUAUGGGAUGCAGCCGGGACAACCUCCACGCAUGGCCAAGCAACACUUUCCAGGACCCGGACAGGCGAGUCAGGGCAUGGACCCCAGGGUGGGUAACCCAGCUGCGGUUAUGGGCAACCCCAUGAUAGGCCCUCACAUGGGGGGUCAGUCCAGGACCAACCAGCCCCGACCCAUGGUCAUGAACCAGGGGAUGAACCAGGGGAUGAUGGGUCAGGGGAUGUCUGGGAUGGGGGGGUUUGGGCCGGGCCCUGGAGGCCCAGGAAUAGGAGCAGGAGGAGGUGGUGGACCCUACGGACCAGCGGGAGUUGGAGUUGGAGUUGGAGGUCAGCCACAGGGCUACCAAAGGACAGCCAAUCAGGACUUGACGUCUUAUGGAUAUGGGGGCGGGCCCUCAGGUGGGGGAGCCUUUGGGUUGGGCGACGGCUCGGGGGCGGAGCUGGACUCAAGCGAUGGUUGGAUGGACGAACUUUUCCAGAACCAAUAGCCAAUGGGGAAAGUUUUUUUUAAUUUCCUGACAGAACUGAACCUCACAGUCGGACAAAACCUGAAAAAAAAAAAAAUCAAACGAAAAGGAUCAGAAGAUAAAAACUGGCAUGUUUUGUUUUGUAAAACAUGAGAAAGGUUAA